UGCUGGUGCGACUAAAACCGUAAAUGCGGAUGGCGCAAAAGCCGAAGUGCCAAUCCAAUCCGGACCAUGUUCAAGCCCACCAAAACUUGUUUUCCGUGAUAGAUGGCGAUAGAAUCAUAGAACCUUCUAGUAUGUUGAUCACAAAUACAAUGCUGUUUCUGUUGUGGGGGCAUGCUUAGUGCGCGGGAAGGUACUGCAAACCUUUCCCUUCUCUAGGUAAUCACGAAACCGUCUUCAUCUAAUUUCUCACUCUAAAACCCUAACACUUCCAAAACCAAAUUCUUCGAUCACUGUGUCUGCAACUACUCUCGUCAUCGUCAUCAGUUCUUACUACACGAAAGGAGAAGAAAUCAUGGCUAGAAGUGUUGAGGCUAUCAAUUUCUUCACCAUUUCACUAAAAGGGUUAUUGUUUUAUCUUGUUGUUCAAUGGUUUCUGAAUCCAUUUAGUGGACUACCACUUAGUUUGUUUAUUGGGGUUGUUAUCAAGUAUCUUCUAACUGCUAAGCUUGUUAAUUUGAUCUUCAAACCCUUACUUGAUGAGGUACUUAUGGCACUGAAGUUGUUUUUAGGUGUUCUUGAAAGACCACCUUCCUAUACCAAUUGUGUUAUUGUGGCCAAUCUUGUUAAACUAGGGUUGUAUGAUACAAUUGGCAAAAAUACGAAUUCCUCAAAAAUUGUGCCUCUCAUUUCCAUAUGUAUGUUAUGUGUGGUCUCCUUGGGAUGGGAUAGGGAUCAUAGUGGAUUGACUGAGGGCAUAUUAAUUGCAUCCGGGAAGUGGUUUAUUAUCAGCACCAUGGCUAUGAAGUUGGAGCAAUCAGCAAUGUGUGGAGUAGUUCUGGCUGUCUCCAUCAUAUCCCUGUUUACCAGCGUUGCAGAACCUCUUCGUGACAUGACUGAUGAUUCCCCUCCUUUAAAGCAAAAUGUUUACUUCACAGGAGAGCCUCAUGAAAACAGGCGAAGAAGUGGCCUUGUGGUUAAAUUGUUUUGGCUAUGCUCUCUGCUGAUUAGAAUUACUGGGGGCGCAGCUACCAUUAGGAUUGCCCAUAGGGUUUUAUCGGGUUACACAACAAGUUCUGUGAUCUUGAUUCUAGGAAUCGCAUCUUCACUAGCUAUUUAUGGCGGAGGUAUUAUUCUGUUUAAGCAAUUGCUGACUGAAUUCGUGAAGCUCCAGCAAGGUAGAGAGGAAAGAAGAUGGUUUGUGGUGAUCUGCAUGAUGGGGUUAUGUGAAGGGUUUCUAGAUGAUAAUACAAUACUCCCAUUUAUCAUAAUUUCAAUUGUUUCUAUGUUCACUAUCUGCAUACUCACAAAUGGGUGGGAUUAUGAUCGCACCGGCGUGAGUGAUGGGCUAGCUGUGACGUAUGCUUUGCGGAUGGUGCUCUUCUUGACGAACUCAGAACCACCUUUGAAGCUGAUAACAUGUGGGCUCACUUUGGCUUUCGUGGUCACUUCGAAGUUCACCGAACCUCCUGUGGAGAAGGAAAGUUAGAAACGCUCCUUGUGCCAGCAGUGGGAAAAUGAUCAUAUCUAAUAGAGAACUGGAGAUGGUGUGUGAUGAAGGCGUGCUCCACCUGAUUAUGUAGAUACCCGGGCAAAAUAGUGUGUAGUUUUAUGCUUGUUGAAGCAGUAGAUAAAAAAACGGUUUAACUUUCUUGUCAUGGUGUGACUUUUUGUUUAGUACCAAGUAUCUGUUGGCUGAUUCUGAGACACAAGCUACAGUUUAAAUACUAGUACUGCUUAUUAAUAUCCAUCCUAAGCUUAAUACUUAGUCUCAGUAGUACUUGUUUUGAUACGGAUUCAAUUCGAUCUAUUAAAUACUAGUACUGCAAAAGCCCAUUUGGGACCCA